AUGAAGAUUAUCGAUGUUGAGCUGCAGAAAGAGGCCGAGCAGUCAUACCUUGCGUAUGCCAUGUCAGUCAUUGUUGGGAGGGCGCUUCCGGAUGUAAGAGAUGGACUCAAGCCAGUCCAUCGCCGCAUCCUAUUCGCCAUGCAUGAUCUGGGGCUGCUGCCAACGAAGCCAUACAGAAAAUGUGCGCGAGUGGUGGGAGAGGUGCUGGGAAAGUACCACCCUCACGGAGAUAGCGCUGUCUACGAGGCACUUGUCAGGAUGGCUCAGGGCUUCUCCAUGCGAGCCCCACUGGUGGCGGGGCAUGGGAACUUUGGGUCCCUGGACAAUGACCCUCCAGCAGCCAUGCGCUACACUGAGUGCAGGCUGCAGGCCGUGUCCUCAGCAGUCAUGCUGGCCGACCUGGCCUAUGACACUGUCGAUUUUGCACCUAACUUUGACAACUCUCAGGAGGAGCCUCGUGUGCUGCCAGCGAGGGUGCCAAACCUGCUGGUGAACGGCUCUUCUGGUAUUGCGGUGAGCAUAGCCACAAAGAUACCGCCCCACAACCUGAGGGAGGUCGUGGCUGGUCUUCACGCCCUGAUAGACAAUCCUGACAUCACCGUCGCUGAGCUCAUGCAGCACAUCCCCGCCCCAGAUUUCCCCACAGGCGCGCACUGGACCCCAUUUACACAAAUUCUGGCGUCAGGCGGCAUCAGGGAUGCGUACGAGCAUGGCAAAGGGUCAAUAACGGUGCGCGGCCGGGCAUUCAUUGAGGGCAAUGACGCCGGCGCGCGCGAGAAAGUUCUCAAGCCGUCCAUCAUUGUCACGGAGCUGCCCUACCAGACCAACAAGGCCGACUUUGUCGCCAAGGUCGCGGCGCUGGUCGAGGAGCAGAAGCUGACAGGCAUCUCAGAUGUGAGGGACGAGAGUGAUCGGGAUGGCAUGCGAGUUGUGGUCGAACUAUCAUCACGCGGCGGUGAUCUGAGCGGCAACACUUGUGCGCAGGUGGUCCUGAACAAUUUGUACAAGCAGACAACGCUGCAGAGCAACUUCAGCGUCAAUUCAGUCGCGCUGGUCAAUGGCACGCCGCAGACCCUGAACCUCAAGGAGUUCCUCACAAACUUCCUCGACUUCAGAUGCCAGAUCAUCAAGCGCCGAGCCAGGUUUGACCUGAGGAAGGCACAGACGCGGCAGCACAUAGUGAAGGGUCUUCUGCUGGCCCUGGCGGAUCUGGACAAGGUCGUGGUUACCGUGCGAGCGGCCAAGGAUGGCGCCGCAGCGUCCAAGGACCUGCAGCAGGAGUUCGGGCUGUCCCCCGAGCAGGCGGAUGCAGUGCUGAGCAUGGCGCUGCGGCGGCUGACGUCGCUGGAGGCGGGAAAGCUGCGCGAGGAGGAGGCAACGCUGGCGCAGACGCUGGCGCAGCUGCAGAGCCUGCUGGGCAGCCAGCAGCUUGUCCUGGACACCAUCAAGCGCGAGUCCCAGGAGAUCGCCGACAAAUUCGGCGACAGCCGCCGCACCGCGGUGCGCAUGGAUGAGAGCGGGCAGCUGUCUGUGGAGGACGUGAUCCCCAACCGCGCGUCUCUGCUGGUGUUCUCGCGCAGGGGCUACAUCAAGCGCAUGCCCACCGACCUCUUCUCAGUCCAGGGGCGCGGCGGCCGGGGGGUGAGCGGUGCGCGGAUGCGCGAGGAUGACACAGUGGAGGAGGUGGCGCAUGUGAUGGACCACGACACGGUGCUCUUCUUCUCGCCGGACGGCAUCUGCCGCGCACUCAAGGCGUACCAGAUCCCCCAAUCCUCCCGCACCGCCGCCGGGACCCCCCUCACCCAGGCACGCCCCCUUACUGAUUUGGGCAAGGGGGCCAGGGUGGCAUCCAUCAUGAGCCUGGGCGAGUUCUCUGACGACGACUUCCUGGUCAUGCUGACCAAGAACGGCCUGAUCAAGCGCACCCCCAUGAAGCUCUUCGCCAACGUGCGCGGCUCCCUCACCGCCAUCAAGCUCCGGCCUGGUGAUGAGCUGAUGUGGGUGGAGAGGUGCGUGGCGGACGACAGCGUGCUGCUGGCAUCCUCCGACGGCACAGUCAUCCGCUUCCCCACCAGCCAGCUGACGCCGCAGUCGCGGGUGGCCCAAGGGCUAAAGUCGAUGGUGCUGGCGGACGGCGCGCGGCUGGUGGGCAUGAGCGUGCUGCCCGCCGGGCUGACCGCGCCGGAGGCCUCGGGCAGCGAGACGGAUGAAGAACCGCUCGACGACGACGACCAGCCCGAGGAGCUGGCAGACAGCCCCGUGCCGUCCCUGCUCCUCGUUACCGAGAACGGUUUGGGCAAGCGGGUGCCUCUGGACAUGUUCCGGUCGCAGCGCCGCGGCGGUAAGGGGCGGCGGGGCAUCAAGCUGAAUGACGGGGACAGCUUGUCUGCAGUGGAAGUGCAUGCGAGCAAUGAGGAGAUGUUGCUCACGACAGCUGGAGGCAUGAUGAACCGGACGGCUGUGUCCACAAUUAGGAGGAGCUCGCGUAUGGCCAGGGGUGUCAAUGUUGCAAACCUCCAGGAGGGCGACUCCGUUCAGGCCAUCACUAUCCUAAGGCCAAAUGUAGAGGACUGA